AUGUCGCAAGCGUCUGUUAAGACAGGCAGAUGCGGCACAGGUAAAUGUCGCACUUCUUGGAAUGUUUGCAACCAUCUUUCGCACCCGCUUCAACUCAGGGUCGAUUUGCCUCGUCCCCUGAGACUCGAGGACUCUGCCUUGUCCUUGGACGUCCACGUGGCACCUGUGACCUACUUAGAAACGAACUCGCUGUACCUUGUCUCCUGCGAUGCAGCAGGGGAGUGCAAGGUGUUCCAGAAAAACAGGUCAUGCAUGCUGAAGGCCACGGCUCGGCUGCAUAAGGGGCCUGUUCUGGACUUCGGUGUGGAUAAGAACUUCAUCUACUCCGUGGGGGAGGACCUCAACAUUCGGAUCUGGACUCUGUCCGAUCUGAAACAGGUCGUUGUCAUUCCUGCCGACCGUAUCCAGGCAUCCACUUUGACUGGCCAAGAGGGCCAGGCCAUUCCGUUGAUGCUGCCUGCCUUGCAGGAGCCGCCUCCUCGUGAAAGCCCGCGAGGGGCCAGCCAAACCCGUGAAGAUCCAACGUACCUUCAGCUAUCUGCACUCACAGCUUUGAAGCGCCCUCUGUCGAGAUGGGCCGGUGCGCAGGCCUCUGCCCGGAGCAAUGCGCAGACUCUGCCACGUGGGGCGCUCUUUGUGGCAGGAGUCAUGGCAAAGGGCCAGUACGCAGCCGCAGAGAAUGCCGGCAUCUUGAUGGAGUGGAGUCUCAACCCAACACCGGUGUGCCAGAGUGCAAUUAUUGCACAUGACUUGCCGAUAGCGACUAUGGCCUAUGGCCCUUGCGACAACGGCCCCCUCAUAACCGCAGACAUGCGGGGCCUUUGCCGGAUUUGGGACUGCACCCCGAGGCUGAGAUGCUCCCAGCAGAUCGAAGCUGCCUGCCUAGGAGUCGGCAGUUUCCGGCUUGCUAGUCGAGUUCGACUGGCCUUGGAUCCCAUGAACUAUGCCGUCUUUGCGGUUGCCGGGGAGAAGAGGCUAUUGGUCUGGCAGCAGAGGCAGACGGUUGCAGCGGGGUUUCGAACCGACCUGUGA